UGUUUUGGUUUCACACGGAUUCUUACAAUAAGAUUACUCGAAUUGAAAACAGCGCCACUGAAGUGUUUUUUUUCGACAGUAGGUUCUACGUUACCAGAGUCACCAGAAUAUAUAUAUGUAACCGGUGAAACCCGUUAACCAUGCCAACUAUGCGUCUCUGUAUUGCUGGUUGCCCAACGCUUGGUAUAACCGUACACAAGUUUCCCCCGGAAACGGAUGCAACCAGACGCGAACUGUGGCUACGGCAGUUUGGCCAAAAUCCGGCAUUGUAUGCAAAAAAAUUGGUUUUCGCUUGUCGCCGGCAUUUCAGCAACGAAAUGAAACUCGGUAACAGGCUGCAAAAAGAUGCCUAUCCAGAUGUAAAUUUACGCAAAUACGAUAAAAACUUGCCAUAUAUUGAAAAAUUCGGCGAAUUUGGUGAAGAACCAAAUUUACAAGUCGAAUAUGCAACCAUACCUUAUGAAAUGCCUGUGACGGCAUUUUCGGACUCCGAGGUCGUGGACAAUCUGCCUUCUAUGGCAAGCGUUGAAUCCAAUAUGCAAUUAGAUAUGAAAGACCAAAAGCGGCAAUGCAUACUAAAAUGCACCAGUAGGCAUGUACUGCACAUAUUGCCAUCAAUGGAAAAGGAAUUAGAACGUCGUAAAAAAUGGUUAUAUUUGCUUGCCAAGGACCCUGAUUUGUAUCCACAAAAGUAUGUUUACGUUUGUGACGAUCAUUUCGACACAAACAUGAAAUGUCUGACAAAAUUAAUACGAGGAGCUUGCCCUAAUAGAAAUCUACCACCUCCGCUACAAAAAUCAAUACCAACAAAUAUGGAAGCGAAGACGGAAUGUUUUCAAAAGUGUACGGACUAUAAGAGAAAAUACCGAUUCCCCUCGUUGCAGCACGAAGGCCAAAGACGCCAAAUAUGGUUACGAAAAUUCGGACGUGAUCCAGCUCUUUACAAUCAUGAAAUCUACGCAUGCGAUCGCCAUUUCAGCGAUCAAAUGCGCAUUGGUCCGUUUUUGCGUCGAGAGGCGAUUCCAGAUCAAAAUCUUAUGGCUAAAGUAUUGCAUGAAACUGAAAAAAACAAUGUUAGUUUUGUGAGUAAAAAUUGGUCUCUACGAAGAUUGGAUGCGUUAGCCAAAUGCCCCGCUAGACCUGCAGCACCUUGCCAAAAAUCCAAAGAUAUCGUUCAAAAAUUGAUUGACGUUAAAAACCGCUUUAUUUCAACGCUACCAGCCGAACCACCUCAGAAGGACAACAUAAUUAAUCGUGCAAAUAUGAAUCUAAUGCCGCCUACAAAUCAAACCGAGCAUCCACACACCCCAGAGGAGCAUGUGAAAAUGCACACAUUGGGGGUAUUCUUACCAAAACGAGAUGGUUAUGUUGUAUCGGUGGACCAAAUUUUAAGUGCCGAAGAUCCUCUAGAUAUUGAAAAGUAUCAACCAUUUGAUUGGGUUAAACCAGUUGAACCAGAGCUCCCCAUGGAUGUGCAUAUAAUACAGAAGGAGGCCUAUGAAGAGAAUACCAGCGAUGGUGAACUAAGUGACGCUGCAACGGAGCUAAGUGACGCUGAGACAAAAUCAACAUUUUCAGCGCGAGAAGCCACAAGCGAAAGCAGCGAAAGUGACGAAGAUAUGCAAAUUUGCGGGAAGAGAAAAAUAUAUAGCGAAGCCUAUGAAAAUAGGAAAAAGUUAAAACUGGCGCAAACUCAAAGUGUGACUAACGACUUAGUAGCAGCUAAGUCAGCAAAUUUGGUAGAUAUGUACCCCAAACCUGCGCGUCACUAUUUUCCUGAAAUUACAGACCAAACAGAGGAGCUACCCGCCACACAUGACAGUGAAGAUAAAACGGGUGUUAGAGUUUGUUCAGUUUUGGAACAGUUAGCAGGGGCAUACCCCACUGAAAGUUUUUCCAUAUUGAUGGACAAAGAUAAUACAGUGGUCGAAUAUGGAAAAGAGACGAAUGAGAGAAAUAAUGCUGAUGAUAUUAUAACGCCUGAUGCGCCUAAGAUUAUAGACGACACGGAAAAGAUAAAUUCCGAUAUAGCUGAUAGGGAAGACGAUAGAAGUUUCAUUUCCACGUCUGAAGGGUCUUCCUUAACGGCACAACCGAGAAUUACGCAAGAAAAAGCAUUGCAGCAGAAUACCACGACAGCUUCUGUGGAGAAAUUUCUGAAGUUACGACUGCAACAACAAAACCAACAGGGUCGUAAUGAGCAAACUUUAACAAAUGCAGUUGCUCUUGCUGAGAGUUGGCAGCAAGUGAUAAAAACAAUAGAAAAAGAACAAAAGACUAACAAAGUGAAAAAUAGCCUAAGCGAAACUGGCACAACUGCACCGAAACUAACGGAGAGUAGUCCAAAUCUUGCAGAAAUCAAGCGCGAAACCAGCGAUAAAUUCGCAGAAGUGGUAAGCAGAACUAAUGGAGAAAAAGUGAUCGCUGGCGGAAGAGCUGCAAUGCAUAUAAAUGGCAAAACAACAACCGCCGGUGUUGUACCAGCAAAGGCAAACUGUGCACAAGUAGUGGGAAAUUGUGGCAACACUAUAAAAACAAAUAACAGAGCAGUGACAAGAGCCGCUCAGGCUUUUGAAGAUUUGAGUGGACCUCAAACAACAAUCACCGAAGCUGCCAUGUCAAUAUUUGACGGAAAGAUAGAGAUCUUUGUAGCUGAGGCAGAAAGAAUAAGUGAAACUCAAUUCGAAGACGAAACAAGCAAGGAAAUAUCAAAAGGGAAAAAUUCGUUGAACACAAACCACAUCGACGCACCUAGCAACCCCACCAAAGAUGUUAUCCAUAACCAGCCACCAACAAGUAACAAAAAUCAGCAAGGAAAUGGUAAGCCAUCAAAAGAAAGGCUUUUCUUCAAUUUACGCUAUUGCAUUCUGAAGUGUGAGAACUUUCGGAAAUUGUACGCCUUUCCCUCGCACGAAGUGGAACCCAAACGUCGGCGUUUCUGGUUUCUAGAACUCGGUUUAGAUUUAGCAUGUGAUUGGUUGAAGCAGUUGUACAUUUGUGAUAAUCAUUUCGAACCCAGUAUGUUGGCUGAGAAUAAUAAACUCAAAAAGUGUGCAUAUCCGCGCAAGACAUUUGUGAGCCCAGCAAAAUUGGGCUGCCUGAAUGCAGGUACUCAAACCGACGGAAAUGCUGAGCAAAACAACGUGGAAUUGUUGCGAGAGUUGAACGAGCUGAAGGAAUUGGAUAGUCAGCAAGCCAAGGAGAUCACACGUAUUAAAGUUUUGAUACGGCUCAAGCAGGAGGCGGCGCGUUUGAUAGCCGAAAUUGAGAGUUGCAAAGAAGAGAAUUAGAAUUUUACAAGUUGGAAUGUUCUAAUAAAUAUAUUUCUGUAUAUAUGCACAAAAUAGUUAAGACUAAACUUAAGUCAAGUAUUACAUAGUUUUGAACAAAAGAAAAACUUAAU